AUAAGACCAGGGGUAGUCAGUCCUCAGCUUCAGUCUCUUGGUGACGGUGGAGAGGAGUGCAUGUCGGACCCUCUCUCCUCCUCUCCCCUUCCUUUCUCUCUCGUCCCAUCAACACCCUUUUGCAAGAGCCUGUGUCCCUCUCCCUAAGGCCUCGCUGCAGGAGCUAAGCUGUUUCCCGCGACGCCAGACUUGAUAGUGUUUCCAGCGUAGCGAUUUUGCCUGGUAGUGCCCUGGUCUACCGCACUCUACCAUGUCGGGAGACGAGAGCGCCCCAUCCAUCAUGUCCACCCUGACCACAGCCGUGAUGAAGGACGUUCCUUCUACCGCAGCCGCUGUGGCUUCAACCGCCUCCUCAUCAUCAUCUGCCGCUGGGGCCGGUAGCGAGCCUUCCGUCAACCAAAAACUCUUCCUGGUAGUCAGCGUUGCCUUGGCCACGGUCUGCUUCUUCACCAAUGUUCUGCAGGUGGCUGUGUUUGGGCGCCCGUCUGCUGUGCGCUGCGUGAAAGGCGUGUUGCUCCUCUCGCAGUGUAUGAGCGGCCUGGUGGCAACAUUUGUCGUGGCCUUCCCAAUCCACGUCAUCUCGUCCAGAGGGGGUUCCGUGGGAGGCGCAGAGGGAUACGCAGCCUGUUACCUGGGGCACUCCGGGGUGAUCCUUGUAGCCGGACUCAGCUCCCUGGGCACCUCAACACUACUACUUCUACACCAGUAUCUCAAAAGCAGUGACCCGCGCAGGUUCAUGACGGCAGGGACCAACGUGGUAGGCUGGGGCGUGGGGGUGUGCGCCGUGUGGCUGGUGUCGUGCACGGUGGCUGUGGCGCCCUAUGCUGGCUGGAACACCUGGCGGCUGCAUGACGCUCGCUGCCACCUGUCGACUCUGUGGCCUCUCUCCUUCACGGCUCUGCUCACCUUUAUAGUGUGCGGCCAGGUAGCUGUGGCCCUCCUCCUGUGGGCGGCCACGCACGCCGCACGGCUGCGCACAACAGGGACCACCAUGCAUGGCGUCCAGCAGCCGAGUACUGACGGCGAGGAGGCACCAAUAGCUUGUCAGACGGGCAGCCUUCCUGGCGUUGGUGGGUGUGGCAGGGUCAGCGUGACCAGUUGGUGUGUGAGUGUGGGCGCGCUGGUGCCCCUGCUGGCCCAUGUGGUGAUGGCCUCCUCCUGUGCGGCAUCGUCCCCCUGCCUGGCACAUCCCGGCCACUACCACGAGGAUGCUGCCGCGCUCCCCUGGGCCUCCCUGCUGCUGUGUGCUGCUGGUGUCACCAACCCACUCCUCUAUGUCUUCACCGAUGACCAGGUGUCAUCAUCCACCCUGCUGCUGCUGUCCCGUGUGUGCUGCUGGUGGUGCGAGGGCAAGAAACAGCGCCUGGUACCCCGCGUCCAGCAGCCCCACGACGCAGAGACCAAUGUUUACGUGACAAACGACACGGAUCACCUCGUGGGAGACAGCACCUAAGCAAUGAAGCUCCACAUCCACGGCUCCCUCAUCUCUCGCCACACCAUUUGGCUGGACUAUAGUUGUGUAGGCCAGCACACCAGCACGGUUAACCCUCUAUUCAAUAAGGUAAUUUAGGGGAAUGUUAUGUCGCUAUCGGAGAGGUCGUCAUAUCCAGUGGUUUAAGAUAUUGUAGCAAAUAAAAGCAGAAGAUAUUGUUCACUGUAAUUCAUUUUCUCAAACAAAAACUUGAUCGAUUUUGCACUGUUUAACCCGGUAGCAGCGAUGGGCCAAAUUUGUGGCUUUACCGUGUAGCAGCGACAGGCCAAAUUUGUGGCUUUACCGUGUAGCAGCGACGGGACAAAUUUGUGGCUUUACCAUGUAGCAGCGACGGGACAAAUUUGUGGCUUUACCGUGUAGCAGUGACGGGACAAAUUUGUGGCUUUACCGUGUAGCAGCGACGGGCCAAAUUUGUGGCUUUACCAUGUAGCAGCGACGGGCCAAAUUUGUGCCAUGAUAUCAACCCCCAAAAAUAGAUGAUACAUAAUCUGAUCACAAAUGCUUUACUGUACAGUGCAACAACGCCAAAUUAAAACAGUGUAGCGCGGUGAACAGUACCGUACACAGCUCAGCGGCAGAAGACCACUCGGCUGUCUUUACCGCGGCCCAACGGAACAGUAACACAGGAAACUCUCGAUUUAUGCGAGUUUGGUUUACGCGUUUUUGAAAUAACGCGGGGUCCAAAAUCCAAAUACAGUCGACCCUCAAAUAGCACAGUUACGGUUUUAUACGGAUUGUCGUAGACGAUCCUUUAGGGUUUUUAAAUUUCCUGCUUGUCGGGAAAUUUAAAAACCCUAAAAAAUCUUCCUAGAAAAUGCACAUAAAACCAAAGCCGUGAUAUUUGAGGGUCGACUGUAAAUGUGAAUUCUGUAACGCCAAAUCACGAUACCAGCUUGAAUCUACUUUGACCCACACACAAACGUCUCCGAGCUGCCCCCAUUCACUGACGCACCAACCACAGUGAACGAAAUCCAAGCCACAAGCCUGCCACACCAGACCUACACAGCCGCAAGGUCACCAACACACCCCAACAUUGUAUAGCAUCUCUCCAAUCAUAAAAAACAAUAAGGUCGGUAUCAUAAGGCACUUUCCCCUCUCACAUCAGCUAUUUCUAAAGGUCAAAGACAAGGUCAAUCGGGUUCUAAUGAGUGUUUCCUCAGGUUCGUGGUACAGAGGAAGGGUCACACUACCACCAGGGUCAUAAAACUACUCCUGGAAAUGCCCACAACUCCGACGAAAGCCUUGUCAAAUAUGUGUUUCUUGAGGUUCACGGUACAGAGGAAGGGUCACACUACCACCAGGGUCAUAAAACUACUCCUGGAAAUGCAUACAACUCCUCUGAAAGCCUUGUCAAAUGUGUGUUUCUUUAGAUUCAUGGUACAGAGGAAGGGUCACACUACCACCAGGGUCAUAAAACUACUCCUGGAAAUGCCCACAACUCCGACGAAAGCCUUGUCAAAUAUGUGUUUCUUGAGGUUCACGGUACAGAGGAAGGGUCACACUACCACCAGGGUCAUAAAGCUACCCCUGGAAAUGCCCACAACUCCGACGAAAGCCUUGUCAAAUAUGUGUUUCUUGAGAUUCAUGGUACAGAGGAAGGGUCACACUACCACCAGGGUCAUAAAACUACUCCUGGAAAUGCCCACAACUCCGACGAAAGCCUUGUCAAAUAUGUGUUUCUUGAGGUUCACAGUACAGAGGAAGGGUCACACUACCACCAGGGUCAUAAAACUACUCCUGGAAACGCCCACAACUCCGACGAAAGCCUUGUCAAAUAUGUGUUUCUUGAGGUUCACGGUACAGAGGAAGGGUCACACUACCACCAGGGUCAUAAAACUACUCCUGGAAAUGCAUACAAUUCCUACGAAAGCCUUGUCAAAUGUGUGUUUCUUUAGAUUCAUGGUACAGAGGAAGGGUCACACUACCACCAGGGUCAUAAAACUACUCCUGGAAAUGCAUACAACUCCUCUGAAAGCCUUGUCAAAUGUGUGUUUCUUGAGGUUCACGGUACAGAGGAAGGGUCACACUACCACCAGGGUCAUAAAACUACUCCUGGAAACGCCCACAACUCCGACGAAAGCCUUGUCAAAUAUGUGUUUCUGGACGUCAAAUUGACUUAUAAUGCGACCCUAAAUAUCUUGUCCCUGAACUGAGAGCAAUCACAACAGGAUAUCCCUUCACUUGAUGUCACCACCAAGUCAGAGCAUUGCAUGACACACCUCAGCACUGGGAGGACCAACACACAUGAGAAUGACACACAAACAACACAAUAACCACAUCAGCGGAACCUUAUCCCGGUAGCAGCGAUGGGCCAAAUUUGUGGCUUUACCAUGUAGCAGCGACGGGCCAAAUUUGUGGCUUUACCGUGUAGCAGCGACGGGCCAAAUUUGUGGCUUUACCGUGUAGCAGCGACGGGCCAAAUUUGUGGCUUUACCGUGUAGCAGCGACGGGCCAAAUUUGUGGCUUUACCGUGUAGCAGCGACGGGCCAAAUUUGUGGCUUUACCGUGUAGCAGCGACGGGGCAAAUUUGCGCUGUGAUUUAAACCCCCCAAAAUAGAUGAUACAUAAUCUGAUCACAAAUGCUUUGAUAUAUAUUAUGAAAUGGUUUGUGUGAGGGGUGAUUUUUUCUCAUUUUUCUCGCUUGGAGGGACCAUUAAGAAACAUGACCCCCGCUGCUACUGGGUUAAUGGGAUGAUAGGUUCGAUACAUGCAAGUUCACACGAUGCGAGCUUUUUGCAGAACAUAACCCUCGUAUAUAUCGAAUACCUGAUACAGCGUUUUUUGGGCAAGAUCUGCAACCAACACGCCCACCUUCUAAUGUUAGCUAUCAAUGUUAGCCUAAGCGUUAUUUCCAGUCUCAUCGGUGUGAAAAAGUAAUAUAUGAUGUUAAUGCACAAAUAUCCUCUCUCUCUCUCUCUCUCUCUCUCUCUCUCUCUCUCUCUGUCUUGUAUAGAACGCACAAAGUAUCUAUAUGUAACAACUUCUAAUACCAUUCUUUUACCGGCGUAUGAUACCUAUGCCAGACUUUGCUUCCUUCUGACAGUGGUGUAGAGCUAGGCCCUCGUCUACGGCAUGACUGUGAUAGAAGGGGGCAUUAUAAUCUGCAUUCAUAAGAUAAUCAAUACGCCGGGAGUUUUAAUGUUGGUGAUACGAGAUUGUGUUAUGGGAAUUGUCUGUUAAUAUGCGUUCAUAAGUUAACCAGCUGGGAGUUUUAAUGUUGGUGAUAGGAAAUUGUGUUAUGGGAAUUGUGUGUUGAUAUGCGUUCAUAAGAUAACCAGCUGUGAGUUUUAAUGUUGAUACGAGAUUGUGUUAUGGGAAUUGUGUGUUAAUAUGCGUUCUUAAGAUAAUCAGCCAGGAGUUUUAAUGUUGAUACGAGAUUGUGUUACGGGAACUGUGUGUCUGUCUGUGUUUUAAGUCUGCAUUCAUAAGUAAAUCAUUCAGCCGGGAGUUUUAAUGUUGGUGAUGCGAAAUUGUGUUAUGGGAAUUCUGUGUCUGUCUGUGUUUUAAGUCUGCGUUCAUAAGUAAAUCAUUCAGCCGCGAGUUUUAAUGUUGGUGAUGCGAAAUUGUGUUACGGGAAUCGUGUGUCUGUCUGUGUUUUUGAGUUUUAUACGUUGAUGAAUUGCAAUACUCUAACUUAACUACAUUUUAACAAGUCAUACUACUACUACUAAUACUACCACCACAGUAGAUGUUCACUAAGCCAUUAAUUACACACAAUCGUUAGCUGGUUUGAGUGUGCACCAAAAUCACGAUCUCUCGCACUUAACUUAACUGACUAUCCACAAACAACAACGCCCUUCCUCGCCGCGUGUGUGUGCGUGUGUGCGUGUGUCUGUGUGUACCGUGUCGUCUCCGUAAUACUAAUAAAGAUGGGUAGUUAGGAUUUCCGUUCGUGUUUAUACAGAUUAAAAAAUUGUGUAAAUAAAAGUGAUUCUGUAGAGAUA